AUGGUGCUAAUUGUCAACGGUAAUUGUGGCAGGGUGGUCUUUAUAUUUCCCCACCUGAAAAUUGCUUCUCUUCCUCUUGCUUUUCCAUCGACAGAGAAACCGGGGAAGAUGGCAAUAGCAAUUGACGCACUUGCGGCGACAGCUAUUUCUAAUCUGUUGAGGGCUGUAACCAGUUUGUUGAAAUACGAUGCGGACCUCAUCUUGAAUGCCAAAGACGAUCUCACGCAGCUCCAGAGCAAGCUCAAGCACUUGCUGAAGACCCUCAAAGACACAGAUCACAAGCCCUUUUCCAGCAGCGAGCAGGAGGAAAAUGUGUCUGGAGAGCUGGAGGACGUUAUUUAUGAUGCCCAGGACAUCAUCGAAGAAUACCGAACCAUAAUUGAGCUCAGCAAAGGGGAGAACUUAGUAAUUGCGUUAUGGAACAAGGUAAAAGAACCCUGGAUCACUCUAUGCUCUUGCUUUAAUCAACAUGUAUAUGCUAAUCCCUACCAACUUGGAACUAAUAUUAAAAAGAUCAACCAAAGGCUUGAAGAAAUAGCGAAAGAUAGUAAAAUGGUAUAUCUGCCCAACACAGCACCAAAAGAGAGUAGUGGAGAGGGUCCUCAAGAGAAAAACCAUCACAUUGAUACUGCACAACCACCCAUAGGCAGAGCCGAGGAUAAGAAGAAAAUAAAAGAACUCUUGUUUGACGUCUUUCAAGAGAGUACUGUGGGAAAACAUGGUGUUUCUGUUGUAUGUAUUGUAGGUCAAUGCGGGAUUGGGAAAACUACUCUAGCAGAAAUGGUCUUUAAUGAUGUUGAAGAACAGUUUGGGAAACGCAGGUGGUGGGUUAGUGUUUCAGAGAAGCCAAACUGCAUGGGUCUGUUGCAAAACAUACUAAAGGAAGUAUGCAAGGGAUCGGAAAGCGAACUUGAGGGUAUCGCUUUCUUGAAUGACUUGUGCACACAUUUACAGAACGAGCUCUCAAAAAGCAAGUUUUUGUUAGUCUUAGAUGAUGUAUGGGAAUUAGAUUGGUGGCUGCCAGAGGUAGAGGAUGCUCUGAUGGGUGGUGCAAAAGAAAGCAAGAUUUUGAUCACCAGUAGAAAGGAAGAAGUCUCCCAAUGGAUUGGUGGUAAAAUGUAUAAAUUACCAGAAAUGGUUUUCGCUGAAACUUGGAGAUUGUUUCUGGAUGUGGUAUUGAAAGAAGAAAAUGAAUUGGUGAGUCACAAUUUGAAAGUGAUUGGGGAGAGGAUAGUGACCAAGUGUGGUGGAUUGCCGCUUAUGGUCCAAAAAGUGGGGUGCUUGCUUCGUGCAAAAAUGAUGACAAGCGAUGACUGGGAAACGGUUGAGAAUAGUGAGAUCUGGCAAUGGGCAAUGUCAGCCCCAUCUUCCAUUGAUACAAUUCUUUGA